GACAGAUGAAAAAGCGAGUGCCUCGGUGAAGAGCUAAAGAUGGAUUCUGGAGAUAAAUUGGAGCAUUAUAGUGUGAUGAAUUGUUGCCAAUUAUCUUAUCAAUAUUCGUGGACGACUAGGAAGAAGAGAAGUCUGAAACCAUUUAAGUCAAAAGGUGAAGAUGGUGAGACAAGAGCUAAAGUCUUUAACAGGAAACGGAAGAGCGAUGAUUCAGUGGUUAAACGGAAUGCGAAAAGAAGGAGAAAGAUAUGCAAAGUAGAAGAAAUCGGUGAUGAGUAUUAUGAAGAUGAUGACUGCAUAUUAAGUGAUUGGGUUCGGAGGAAUACUGCGAAACGGAGAGAUAAGCGCAAAGAAGAAGUUAUGGUUAAGAUAGAGUCAGGGGAAUAUUUAGAAGGUGAUGAUUGCACAGUAGGUAAUUGGUUUUCUGAUGUCAGUAGUAAAAGGAAAGACAAGCGACAAGUAGAACUUGAAGAAGAUGAGGAAUGGGAAGAAGAACUUCGACUAUGUUGUAAGAUCAAGGCAACAUCGUCACGAAGCAGAACCCGCAAUUUAAGUUCUAACAGUCCUGAAAAUGUUACUGAUGUUAGUCCUUCUCGUUCACGGUCUCCAGCUUCUGAUGUAUCAGAUUCCAUUCUGAAAAAUGGGAUAUCUAAUGACUGCACUACUAGCAGAAAACAGGAAUCGAAGGAAGGCGGCCCAAUUUGUCAUCAGUGCUUGAAAGGGGAAAGGAUAACUCUUCUGAUUUGCAGUGAAUGUGAAGAGACGAUGUAUUGCCUUAAAUGUAUAAGGAAAUGGUAUCCACAUCUAUCUGAGGAUGAUGUUGUUGAAAAAUGUCCUUUCUGCCGCCAAAAUUGUAAUUGCAGUAAAUGCUUGCAUUUGAAUGGUUUAAUCGAGACAUCGAAGAGGGAGCUCGCGAAUUCUGAAAGACGUCAUCAUCUCCAGUACUUGAUUACAUUGAUGCUUCCUAUUCUGAAUAAGUUAUCCAAAUUCCAGAAGCAAGAGAUUGAAUUUGAGGCAAAGGUUCAAGGAUUACUGCCUUCUGAAGUUGUAAUAACUGAGACAAUAAGCUACACUGAUGAACGUGUAUACUGUGAUCAUUGUGCAACUUCAAUUGAGGACUUGCACCGAAGCUGCCCAAAGUGCUCUUAUGAACUAUGUUUAAAGUGCUGUCAAGAGAUUCGUGAAGGAUCGCUUUCCGAACGCCCUGAAAUGAAAUUACAUUAUGUUGAUAGAGGAUAUCAAUAUAUGCAUGGUUUAGAUACCGCGGAACCAGGCUCCUCUUCCACUUCUGAAGACGAAGAAGCUAACCCAUCCAACGCUAAGUGGAGCCUUGGUGAUAAUGGAAGCAUCACUUGUGCACCAGAAAAUCUAGGUGGUUGUGGUGAUUGUGUGCUAGAGCUUAAGCGGAUCCUACCACUGACGUGGAUGUCAGACUUAGAGCACAAAGCAGAGAGUUUCUUGUCAUCAUACAAUAUUAGCCCUAGAAUGUUGAACUGUAGGUGUUCUUCUUUAGAGACCGAGAUGACAAGGAAAGCAGCUUCGAGGACAAAAUCGAGUGACAACUACCUUUUCUGUCCUGAAUCUCUUGGUGUCUUGAAGGAAGAAGGGCUUCUUCAUUUUCAAGAGCAUUGGGCAAAAGGCGAACCAGUAAUCGUCAGGAACGCUCUUGACAACACACCUGGUUUAAGCUGGGAGCCGAUGGUUAUGUGGCGGGCGUUAUGCGAAAAUGUGAAUUCAACAGCAAGCUCUCAGAUGUCCCAAGUCAAAGCAAUUGAUUGCUUAGCUAAUUGUGAGGUGGAGAUCAAUACUCGUCAUUUCUUUGAAGGUUAUAGCAAAGGAAGAACAUAUGAAAACUUCUGGCCUGAGAUGUUGAAGCUGAAGGACUGGCCUCCUUCUGAUAAGUUUGAAGAUCUUUUACCUCGUCAUUGUGAUGAGUUUAUCUCCGCGUUACCUUUCCAAGAAUAUAGCGAUCCUAGAACCGGAAUUCUUAACAUUGCAACAAAGCUUCCUGAAGGAUUUAUCAAACCAGAUUUGGGUCCAAAAACUUACAUUGCCUAUGGGAUUCCAGAUGAGCUUGGUAGAGGCGAUUCUGUGACUAAGCUUCACUGCGAUAUGUCAGACGCGGUGAAUAUUCUGACGCAUACGGCCGAAGUAACCCUAAGUCAAGAACAAAUAUCCGCAGUCAAAGCACUGAAACAGAAACACAGGCAACAGAACAUGUUUGAUAAACAGAGCACUGAAUUUUGUAGCGAAGAGGAAGAAGAAGAAUUGAACAUGCCAGAGAUUUCGAGCAAUGAAUAUGACGAAACGGGCAGUGCUCUUUGGGACAUAUUUAGGAGAGAAGAUGUUCCUAAGUUAGAAGAGUAUCUAAGAAGGCAUUGCAAAGAAUUUAGACACACUUAUUGUUGUCCAGUUACAAAGGUUUAUCAUCCGAUACAUGACCAAACAUGCUAUUUAACCUUAGAGCACAAAAGAAAACUCAAGGCGGAAUUUGGGAUCGAGCCAUGGACAUUUGUGCAAAAGCUAGGUGAAGCAGUGUUUAUUCCUGCGGGUUGUCCUCAUCAAGUUCGGAAUCUAAAGUCGUGCACAAAAGUCGCAGUUGACUUUGUGUCACCAGAAAACAUCCAUGAGUGUCUGCGUCUGACCGAAGAGUUUCGCCAACUUCCCAAGAACCACAAGGCCAGAGAGGACAAACUUGAGAUAAAGAAGAUGGUGAUCUAUGCGAUCGAGCAAGCUCUCAAAGAACUUGAAACACUAUCAGAAGAGAGCCAACCGAUGCUGCAAUAGUUGAAGGCUGCUGUUUGUGAAUGUCCUGACCCAAACAGGACCCUUUGUUGUGCAUUAAGUUGCGUAGGAUUCGCAGGUUCUGUAUAGAUAAUAGAAUAAAAAGCCAUGGAAACUGUCAAGACUCAGAUCUUCAUUUGGCUUUUUCUGUGAUCAGAUAAGCAAAGAGACAUCGUUAGUUUGUCAUAUAAAAUGGUUAUCUAUAG